UUACAAUGUCAAUUGUACACGACGGUCUUUUAAUUUAGCGAAUGCGCCAAUAAUGGAGUCGACAUACAUACCAGCUAUGUUUCAAAUAAAAUACUUGAGCAAUCGGUGAGAAAUUCAUCGUUCAUUUUGUUGUGCAAAUCUGUUUUCACAUGUUUCAUUGUUAAAAAUGUUCUCUUCGUGGACGAAGCUCAAUGAUUUGACGUCAAUUGAGAAGAAUAGGCAAAGCUUUGUUAAGGCGAUUCAGAAGAGUUCCAAAGAGUGCGAAAAUUACGUCAAGAGCGAGUCUGCAAAGAUUCAGGAUACCCUUGCGAAGUUUGCCAAGGAGAAAGCAGCUCGCAUGCAGUCACUGCAAGAUACCUUGUCCAGAUUUGAAGAAGACCAGGAGAAGCUGGUCAUGCGAUAUGAACAGCUGAAGAAGAAAGGGAAGAGCAUGCUAGCCGAACACGGGAAAGCUGGCGAGGAGAUGAUUGCUAAACUGCAGGAAUCUCUCAAUAAAAUGGAAGACGUAGCUUUCAGCAGCAUAAGAAAAACGCUUUUCCUGGACAACGCCUCCGAUGAGGACUUCCCACUAGAUGAUUGAACCGCGACAAUCUCUGUGUCUCUCUCUCAAGUAAGUAAACAUGAUUCCCACUGCUUAGCAUAUGAUUAAACCUUAAACCAAAUCUUGUCCCUUUAAUCAUACCUUAAACCAAAUGAUUAGUCCUUUCUGUUCUUUUUGUGAACAUAUCUUAUCCUUUCAUCUCGUGUUCUCCACGUAGACUAAAUGGGAUCUUAGACA